UCGUAUAUAUGUAUAUGUAAAUUUUAAGUAACAAUUUCAAAGAAAAAAAAGGAAAAAAUUUACAAAAAUAUUUUCACCUGUCAAAGAAGUUGAACUGCAUGGAAAUGGAUGGAACCGAGCUGGGAAAAUUUUUGGAGAGUCAGAGUGUUAAUUGGUUGCGGGGAUUAUCGCGGGGUCAGAUCAGUGCUUGUGACAGGCUGUUCCGUGCCCUGCGGGACGACACGGAACAGGAGUCGACGUAUCGCGUAUCCCGCUGCAUGAACUAUUUGGGACUUCGGCCUAUGGUGUCAUCUUCCCGAAUCAAGACCAUCAUGAAAAUCAGUCAUGGCAGCGAACUGGCCUUUCUCUAUUUCCUUUGGGAGGCAGAGUACAAGCCGAUCAAAAACUCUACCGAUACUGAGGGCGCCCAUACAAAUUUCACGGUCAACGAACAAUUGCUUCUCUCGGCCAUCGCCCACCUGGAUAUGCCGGCCACCUUGCGCGAGUUGGACCGACUGCUGCCCCCACCCACGCACUCUAAGAAGUUGCGACGCGGGGGCUGUACUAAACUAAGGCACGAAUCGGUAACACAACCUAAGCCCAAACGCGGUGAUAAUGUGACUCCAUACUUUGCACCUCUGCCGCGGCCAAAGCUGUUCAAGCCGACGGAGAAGAAACAGUGGGGACCUCCCGAAAGCAAGCUGCGCUUUCCCGAAUACGCCAAAUAUAGGGGGCUGUACGAGAUCCCAGAGGAGAACUCACGAUGGUUCUCUCACUACCAACUUUCCCCAGGCAAGCGGGUGAUCAAGAAACUGCUGUCAGACGAGCUAAACCGUCUGAUUUUGGACCCCACUAUAAUGGGCGUUGAGGAGGGGGAGUCCUUGUGCCACACCCAUCGCCUAAUAAAAAAAGCAGCGGAAAAAAAGCAAGAGGAGAUGACCCACGCAGUUUUCCAGAGAUACUUGUCCCUACUCGACGUAUCGGGCUCUAUCCUAAAGGCAUCUCGCAAGCGGGUCAUACAGAAUCUAGAAAGAGAUAUCGAGUGCGCAGCCGACAAGAUCCGACAUUUCUCACGGCGAAAGUUGAUCGAAGUCAGGAAAAUUCGCAGUGGGAAAGUGGACGGAACUUGUCAGCUGUGUACUCACCUCGUGAGCACGCCUCAUAUGAAGAGAGCCGAUAGGGCCGAUUUGUCGAUCCUUUUGGGGUCCGAUUUGAACCCAAUAGCCCAUCCGCUGCCCCAAGAUGAUGGGCUGGUAAAAGUUAUAGAGCUGCAGGGUCAGCAUCCAAAAGGCCAAUGUGGAGCCGGAGAUUGCAAACUGGUGGAAGUGGGCGAUAUAUUGAUUAAACCAAGUGAAGAGGGAAACCAGCCGCACAAAAGAAAGACCCGUAAAAAGUCCAGCCUUAUAAAGAUUAAGAGAAGGGGGCGGUCAACCCAAAAGGGUUCCAAGGUUCUCACCACUGACUUUAAAAUUCUCACUGAUCUCAUUCCUCCCUGUAGUCGUACUCUACAGUGUCCACGUCAAGACCCGGUAUACCAAGAGCCAGACUGUUUUACAACAAGGACCGACCAUGGCAUAGAGUUUGAUUACUUUAAAAUAUUUAUGAUACCAGGCCUUCUUGACGUUCAAGACGUGCAGCCGCAAUCGGAAGACUUUCCCGUGGAUCUGGAGGAUAAGCAGCCGCUAAUCGAGAAACUUUGCAUUGCCGCUCUAACCAGGAGCAACGGUGCGAGUCCAAGGCCACAUAUAGAGAAUGAAUGGUCCUCGAAAGCUGUACUCAAAGCGGCCGCAAGCUGCGCUAUGGGAGUAUUUAGAGAAAAUGCGUCCUUAAAAGAAACUUCAAUGGCAGCUGAAGAAAAAGGGGAGCAGGAGUCGAGGACGGCGCAGAAAGUGAAGCUCAUUAAUCCGGACGACAGGCAACAGAUCGAGAGUCUGCUAAAGUCAGCCCUGAAGGUCAUGAAGCUAAAUCCCAACUAUGUUCUAGCGACAUUUCCCAAUGCGCACAAGUUGCCCAUGCUGAUAGACUGGGUGUCAAAUCGCUAUGGAAAGGUAUACACACGCAAGGAGAUGCAAGCUUUCGUCAAUACCUCGCGUCAACUCAUUGAAAGGAUCGGUCAACGGGAAAUGGCCCGUCAGAAAAAGAUGCUGAAUGUGAAAACCCGCCCUGACAGUGGUUUGGUCAGCUAUGCCCACAAAAAAGCCCUCAUAUGCCAAGCCAAGCAACUGAAACGGGAAUACUACGGCCAACUUAAUCAGCUGGCUCUAGAGGAAACGCGUCUUACUUGGCUGGCGCUGCGCGGUGACUCCCACCUGGGUGGAUACAUCGGGGACACCUUCUUUGCCUACAUGCCAGCUAACGAAGCUGACCUGAAGCGUCAUAAUCUGUGGCAAUCGCGGGACUAUCGCGACAUGGUCGAAAACCGGCUGAUCAGUGAGCGACGCCGUCUUGUAUAAGAUCGUGUAUAAGAGUCCGAGAUGACAGUGUGGAGCACUUACAUCACGUCAUACAUAGGUAUUUACUUGUGAUAUGCUGCAUACUGCCCUCCUGGGCCACUACACUAUAAUAUUGAUUCAGGAAUAGAAUGCGUGAAAGAAGGGAGGACUGCACAUUUCCAGGAAUUCUUGAUAAGCGGAAAUAACAGAAAUGUUUCGCCAACGGAAUGGGGUCGCUUUAUCUCCUGAUCUGAUUAGUGGCGGACCCCAGAGCCAAUGCACCGAAUCAGGCCAUGCUGUCAUUGUUCAUUGAAAAUAUCCAAUGAAAAUUGUCAUUUAAAUUUUCAGUCGCCUACUUAUGUAAACCAAACUAUGUAUAAUCCCAAUUAAAAAUGCUGAUGCCCAACUAAAGGGACUUAUACCAGACAAACAGACUGUCUGACAGACAAUGAAUUCCAAACAUGACCAAACAGAGGCUUAGUUACAGAUUUUCAGCUAUCUCGCAGUUCCCAGACUUCCAGGGCCGCUCCUAUCGGUUUUGGGUAUAUGGAGAGCUCUGUGGGUCGCGCCACGCACCGCUGUUGCUCAUUAAUUAAAAAUGAAAAAAAAGGGAAAUCACCAACAUGCAGGCAUGACAUCAACGAUGCAAACAAGAGGCAAGCUGCUGCCGUGUAAUAGCGGUCCAGUGACGCACGUGACGCGUGUGGCAUGGUACUGACAAUUCCAAAUCGACUCGCUGACAGGCAUAUGACGCGGACAUGCCCAGGACAGGGCAGAUGAUUCAAGCGCGUUGGUGGUUGCCCCCAGAAGUUUAUAUAUUGAAUCAGUAAAGCAUGUGACAGGAUUAUGAUAUAAAUCAUUGGAUACUUUACGGCAAUCGAUUUAAGUAAAAAUCUUCAGGGCUUAAACCAGUAAAAAUGUAUCAGACAGAUGUAACCUACAUAUUUCAGAAUAAUUUGUAGGUUCUGUUGGGUACUCAAUUGAUUCCAGAUGCGGUGAGUGAGCAGCACCCAAUUCAAAUCACAAGCAUAUCCCCAGGCGAAUGUAUUGUUGCGGACACAGCAGAGAACUGUCAGAUAACCGACGGCUAAUACAAUGAGUAAGACCACCCCUGUUCAAUAAUACACCCUGGAGACGGUUCCCCCAUUGCCAGGCAUUAUAUUCAAU